AUAGCCUCGGCGUCUUCUGUCGCCACGCGCGAACAACUGGGCCUCGUUCCGCACUCGUAUGAGGAUUCUUUGUACUUGCGUACCGAUACUGGCUUGUUGGACUUCCAACACGAAGUCCAACCAGAUGAGCUCACAGAUGAGCAGAUGAACGAAGG